AUGUAUGGGGAGGUGAUAGUAGCAAGCUCAAGAAAUGGAACAGUUCUUUCUCUGAUUUCCAGCAAAGAGGAUCUACAAUUGGCUACAGUCCUAUGCUACCAUCUAUGGGGCAGGAUAAAUGCCUAUAUCUUUCAAGACCAGUUUAAGAGUCCUAAAACCAUCACAGCAAUGGCUCAAGCUGAAAUUGCAAUGCUAAGGGAGAUUAAUAUGCAAAGUAAGAGUAGACCAGAAGAGAGGACAACAACUGCAACUUUAAACCAAUCUUGGCAACCACCUGAGUGGCCUUUUUUUAAAGUAAAUUUUGAUGCAGCAUAUGACAAGAACUUGAAUAGAAUCGGGUUGGGAAUUGUUAUGAGAGACAGUGAAGGGAGCCUAAAACCGUGUUUAAUAGCCUCAAAAGAACAGGUCUUCUCAGCUGCCCAAGCAGAAAGAGCAGCCCUGCAAAGGGCCAUGGAUAUGUGCAUUGAGAUGGGCAUGAACCAAGUUAUUUUUGAAGGGGAUGCCAAAGCAGUCAUUGAUGCAAUUAACUCAAAAAAUGAAGAUAAUUCUUGGCAUGGACAAGAGACAGAGGAUCUACAACAACUGCUGGAGCUUCACCCGGCUUGGAGGUUAUCUUUUGCAUACAGGUCUGCUAAUCAUGCUGCUCACAAUGCAACUAAGGAAGCCAUUAAGGAAACUAAUGAGAUAGUGUGGCUAGAAGAUGGACCCAUGGUGGCCAAAGUUUUUGUUUUAAAUGAUGUAUCUCGACUUUUUACCAGUUGA